CAUCAUCAAGCACGCGCACUCAGUUCACCAGCAAACAAAACGGGGAAGGCUGCUCUCAUCUCGGGUGCUAAAACGUCAUUCUUUUACUGACAAACAUCUGCUUUCAUUUCCCUUCAAGUGCAAGGUCUCGUCGUCGUCUGAAUGGCUGAGUCUUUAAGGAUAUUCUUAUUUUAUCCUUGUCUAUCGUUAAUUUUUCUCUCCGCUGGUCAUGAAGCUAAACGGUAGUUAGCAUAGCAGCGUCGCUACUCCUUGUAACUGGACAACAAAAAAGUGGCCUAAAAAAAAUUAUAAAUGGAAAAAACUUUCAAGACCAGCUCUUAGAUGUCUCUAAACCGUUAUAAGCCAGCAAAGGUCAAAAGGACGAAGCAACGGUGCUUUGAAGGGAACGAGAAGUACGUGUGGUGAGAAGUGAAAAGGCGAGAGGGGGAGAGCAGCAGCAGCUGGUCGGCAGCUAAAGUGAAAGAAAACACGUCACGGACAUCCCUGUGAUGGCAAACGAGCCGGUUAUUCUGAACGUCUAUGAUAUGUACUGGAUCAAUGAUUUCACUACCUCUCUGGGAAUUGGAGUCUUUCACUCAGGAAUUGAGAUCUAUGGCAGAGAGUUUGCCUAUGGAGGGCACCCUUAUCCCUUUUCAGGUAUUUUUGAGAUAACACCUGGUGAUGCAACAGAACUCGGAGAGACGUUCAAAUUUAAAGAAGCCAUUGUUUUGGGGAGUACAGACUUCACAGAAGAGGAUGUGGAGAGAAUUGUGGAGGAAAUGGGAAAGGAAUAUAAGGGUAACGCCUACCACCUUAUGCACAAGAACUGCAAUCAUUUUUCCUCUGCACUUUCAGAGAUCCUCUGUGGUCGAGAGAUCCCGCGCUGGGUGAACCGGCUGGCCUACUUCAGCUCUUGUGUGCCCUUUCUGCAGAGCUGUCUGCCAAAGGAGUGGUUGACACCGGCAGCACUGCAGUCCAGUGUUAGUCAGGAGCUCCAGGGAGAGCUGGAGGAGGCAGAGGACGCUGCAGCCUCUGCCUCAACGCCUUCCUAUGCCGUGGCACCUUUACCCAGACCAACCCGACACCAACCGCGCCGAUGAACGCUGCUGCCUUGAAUGACAGGCCAUCUCUGUUUAGAGCUGGACCACAGCUCCUGCUGCCAAUAGACCCCCCCACCCCCUUUCCUGACAGACUAGCAAUUCACCAGCGGAAUAGAUGAGCCCCACCCUCUGUGUUAACUGAUUUAUUUAAGUAUGCUCAAGUGACCAUUAUGGGCCUGAAAACAAUCAAACUUGUUUACUGUAAAACCUUACAUGAGUUUGGAAUUAUACUUUUUUUGGGCCUUUUAUGUUUUGUUUUAAAAACUCAGGACGUGAAUACUUUUUGAACAAUGCUCUGUUUAUUCACCUUUCUUUUUGUUGUUUUUUUUUUUUUAUGCUAUUUUUAGGGGUCGUUCACAGCGAAUGCGUAUUAAUGUCGGUCUUUACUGUUUUAAGUUUUUUCUAUGUAAACAUGCUAUGCGUUUGACCAUUCCACCAAAUCUCACUGUUUUUUCAUAGUCUUGCAUUAAUAAGACGACGUGUCAAGUUAGUAAAAACACACCUCGAGACACCUGCAUUCUGUUUCAUUCUUUGCGCAAAGUUUUGGUUUUUUUAGUGCAAGUACGUGUUUGGUCUGAACGGCCCCUUACGCUGGAGUUGCUCGAUGGCCUUUUUCCCCUCAUUCCUACAGAAAGCGCCUAGUCAGUGAAUAUGACAUUUUUUAAGGAGAACAUUUGUUUACAGAUUUCUUGUUACAAUCCAUAUAUGAUUGUGUUGUGUGUGCUGAUUACAAAAGCCAAAUCUCCACACUUUUGUAAUGACAUACAUCCUACACUAUGGUGACUGUGCCUGAAGAUUUUUAUUGUUAUGUGCUAAAGAGAGCUCUGCACUCUGUCUCUAACUGUUUGGUCUGCUAUGAGUGGCAGACUUCUUAUCCUACGAAACUUUCCUCAGAUGUUUUACACCUUUUUAGUUUUUAGAGUCUUCUAUGUAUUUGAGACAACAUUUGUAUUCCAUUUUAUGAUUAUUAAAGAAAAUAUACAACUUUCUGUCCUCAAAUCUAGAGUUAAUCCUGGA